AUGCUUUCCAUGCCGUCGCUGGUCACCGUCAACAACAACGUUUCCCUGCUGAGCAUUACAAUCGCUCCAAGCACAUACGUAGCAACGCUGACCUUGUCCUUUGUCUUCGUCUACCUAUACAUCGUUCAGAUCUCGUGGAAACCGACACUGCUACCAAACGUCAGCUAUUUUAAGCGCACAAGUCGAACCACCAAAACCGCAGAAGCCGCAGUCGAGGCGCCUUCCCUCCCACCACCACCCACUUACAAGGCCUUACCCGCACCACCCGCCCCCGAGGCCAGCGGCGCACUCGUCCGUCGCAGCAACCGCCACUCUUCCCAACAUUACCAGCACGAAUAUGAUGAUGGCUACGAAACAUUCGACGACGUUCGAUCCUCUCGAUCAUUUAGACGCCUCCUUGGGCGACUUCGAGCCGACGACCCCGCCACCGGGCAGGAGGGGUCCCCAGGGCACGACGCGGAGAGCGACCUGGGCCCGGACCCCGAAAACUCAGUCUCCGUCGGUGGUUACAGUCCUCCGGCUUGGCGCCGCCUCGGAAACGGGAGUCGCGACAGCGGCUUCUGGCGGCGGAGUGAUGACCUGCUAGGCGCAUUCUCUCCCCAGCUCCACGGACACCACCAAGGCUUUGGCGGAUUCAAGUCGAAAGAGUCAAGCCCCGAGUACGAUAGCGAUGGCGACGAGGGCGAGUCGGUGCUGCGCAGAGCUAUGCGCACAAGGUUGCCGACGGGGAGCAUGAGCCCCGAUAAGGCCCGGUCGCCCAGCCCCGAGCCCAAGAUGGAGGAUAGGACGAUCAAGUUGGAGGAUAUUCCGUGGAAAGAAGCAAGCCCUUCAGAGGGGACAUUGAAUCAAGACAAUUGUAUGGCCCCGUACCUGAAGCCCAUUCCUCUUCAUCAUGUGUAUAUCAGGUUCGCGUUGCGCGCAGAAGUACAGCAGCGUACAGAACCUAUCGAAGCCCUAGUUCAUUUCUUCCGCUCAAAAUGGCGAUUCUUGACUCACUCGUGGUCUUCCACGAUCCUGUCCAUCCUCGUCGCCGUGCUCGCCAUAACGGCGACACAUAACCUCUUCCAGCCCGCUGCGCAACAGCCGGUGCCCGACCUCGUCAAGGUCGCAGGUAUCGCGCGGUCUUUUGAACCGCUCAUUUACUUUUCCGAGAAUGGCGCAUCCCAGGUCGGCGACCUGCAAGCGACCGGCGUCGCUGUCUGGGACCUCGGCGAGAGCGUGCGCUCCAGCAACAUGACUUCUGCGCCUAUCAUUGUCAAGGAGCUGGAUGAUCUCAGUGAGAGCUUAAAGACUCUGGCUGUUGAGCUGACCAAAUUCUUUGCGAACGUUGAUGGCGACAUUGAUGGUAUUCUUAUAGUCAUGGACUGGGCGCGCAGAGAACUCUCUCAAGUCCAACACCUCCCCUCAUCGCCCUUCACUGCCGCCUUUGACAACAUCCACAACCUCCUCUCUGAAGCAGGCGUUCUCGAAGACGGCUUCGGUAGCCCGACUCGCCUUGGAUCUCUAUCGAGAUACAUAUUUGGCAUGUCCAACCCGCAGCGGACGCGCCUCACUCUUCAGCGCACAUUCAACGAGUUCCUCACGGUCCUCGAGGAUGCCAUCAACUCGGAGCUCCAGCAUUCCCUUGCCCUGUUUGCGCUCUUCGAGGCCAUCGACCACCAAUUCCUCAAUCUCGCGCGCACAGUUGUCCGUGAGGCAUCCGCGCAGGACGACCUGCACGCAGACUCGUUGUCGUCACUCUGGACGCGCAUCUUAGGCGCCAACGCCGCCGAAGUGGCCAAAUACGAGCGCAACCGCCUUCUGCUACAGAACGUGAGGGAGAAGACAGUACGGAACAAGAGCAUCCUAGUCGAGCACAACGGCAAGCUCAUGGCUCUCAAAGCCAAUCUCGAAAACCUGCGACGCAAGCUAGUCAGCCCGCUCGUUAGGUCUGUCAACUCGAGCACCCUGACGCUCGAGGACCAGAUCCGCGGGCUGGAGGACGUCGGCGGCUACCUCGAGGGUGUCCGGACGCGGCAGAAGGGCAAGUUGAUGGAGAUGCUGUACGGGAGCGUCGGCAAUAGUCGGCGGCUCAUUGAGGAGCGGACGUAUGGCCGUACAGCAUGA